AUGGCGCCCGCGGACGAACCGCGCCCGAUCCGACGCCUCGCGGAGGACGUCGUCAACCGCGUCGCCGCGGGCGAGGUCAUCCACCGCCCGUCCUCCGCGCUCAAGGAGCUCCUGGAGAACGCGCUCGACGCGGGCGCGACCGCGAUCACGGUCACCGUCAAGGACGGCGGAUGCAAGCUCCUUCAGGUCACGGACGACGGCGUCGGCAUCCGCGAGAACGACCUCGCCAUCCUGUGCGAGCGGCACACGACGUCGAAGCUCGCGACGUUCGAGGACCUGAACGAGGUCGCGACGUUCGGGUUUCGAGGCGAGGCGCUCGCGUCCAUGUCGUUCGUGGCCAACCUCACGGUGACGACGAUGACGAAAGACGCGCCGCACGCGCUGAAGGCGUCGUACCGCGACGGCGUCCUCGAGAACGGCGCCGCGAUGCCGUGCGCGGGCGUGAAGGGCACGACGAUCGCGGUCGAGAACUUGUUCUACAACGUCCCGACGCGAAGGAAAGCGCUGCGAUCGCCGACGGAGGAGUACAACAGGAUCGUGGACGUCGUCCAGCGGUACGCGUCGUCGCGGACGGCGACGUCGUUCGUGAUUCGAAAGCUCGGCGAGGCGAGACCGGCGCUGCACUGUCCGGUCGCGACCGAGCGCGUGGACCGUCUGCGCGCGGUGUACGGCGCCGCGGUCGCGAAGGAGCUCACGCCGCUGCGUUUGAACGUCAGCAUGCCAGGCGCCGGCGCCGGCGGUCUUCGAUUCGCGCUCGACGCGCUGAUCUCGAGCUCGAGCUACCACUCGAAAAAGUCCACGUUCGUGCUCUUCAUCAACGACCGUCUCGUCGAGUGCGCGGGGCUGAAGCGCGCGAUCGAGGCUGUGUACGCCGCGGUCCUGCCAAAGGCGGAGAAACCGUUCGUGUACGCGGCGUUGACGCUGCCGCCGAGGGCGGUGGACGUCAACGUGCAUCCGACGAAACGCGAGGUGCACUUCCUGCAUCAGGACGAGCUCAUCGACGAGGUGCAGAGGGCGGUGGAGGGGGUUUUGAGGGGGGCGAACGCGUCGAGGACGUUCAGCGUGGGGACCGUGGUCGGAGGGGGGGAGGGCGGCGGAGGUAAACGCGCGAAGACCGGGACGAGGGACAAGCCCGCGUACGAGCCGCGCAAGCUCGUGAGGACAGACGCGCGGCUCGCGGCUGGCAGCAUGGAGGCUUUCGUCACCCGCGACGCCGCCGCGGGCGCCGCCGCCGGCGCGGAUGCGGCCGCGCGGUUGGACGAGGCCAGGCGGAGCGCGCGCGAGCGCAGUUUCGGCGACGUGAACGCGAGCGCCGGCGGCGCGCCCGGAAUGGAGCUCGACGACGAAGAGCGCGCGUUGAGGGGCGAAGAGGAGGAGGAAGAGAUUGACGCCGCGCGCGCGGAGGCGCGAGCGGAGGCGGCGGCGGCGGCGGCGGCGCGCGCGAUUCCCGACGGGCAAACGACCGAGCUCACGUCCGUGCGCGAGCUCUGGCGCGAUAUCGCCGCGAGCGCGCACGAGGGGCUCACCGCGGUCGUCAGGAAACUCACCCUGGUCGGUCCCGCGGACGCGAACAAGGCGCUGUGGCUGGUGCAGCACGGGACGAAGCUGUUCUUAGUCCGCGCGCGGAGGAUGGCGCGGGAGUUUUUCUACCAGCGCGCGAUCGCUCGGUUCGGAACGCACCCUAGGCGUGCGUUAUCCAGCCCCGCGCCGCUCGCGGAGAUGGUGCGAAUGGCACUCGAGGCGGAGAAGGACGAUGGCGAGGGUGCGAGCGCCGGCGACGAGGCCGCGGCGGCGAACGCGGUCGCCGCGCUUCUCGUCGAGAAGGCGCCGAUGCUUCGCGAGUACUUCAGCGUGGACAUCGACGAGGACGCGAAGACGUUAGUGGGUCUGCCCGUGCUCCUCGAAGGUCACACCCCGGACGUGACGCGCGUCCCGGAGUUCAUCCUGAGCCUCGCGCACGAGGUGGACUGGAAGGAAGAGAAGGCGUGUUUUAAAACCGUCGCGGCGGCGCUUGCGGAAUUUUACGGCGGCGGCGGCGGCGGCGACGACGACGACGGCAACGGCGACGGCGACGAGAACGCCGCGGAGACGGACGAUACGCGCGCGUGGAGGCUCGUGUUGUUUCCCGGGAUGAUGCGUCACCUCCGGCCGUCCGCGGCGCUCGCGACGGGCGGCGGGAUACUGCAAGUCGCGUGCCUCGAGCAGUUGUACCGCGUGUUCGAGCGAUGCUGA